AUGAGUCAACUUUGGACGAAAAUCCGGUACGGAGUGCGCUGGAACCCGGCCGAACGUUUGGCCCUGGCCACGAGAGCUCUCAACUUGGAAAAGGUGCGAAUUCUGGGAUUCAAUGAUUGUUUUCUGGAUUUCUAUGUGAACAACUGGGAACUAUGCUUCCGAAAUUGCGAAAUUAUCAAUUUUAAACUUUUUCUGUGAAUUUUAUAAGAAUGGCUUUCGAAGCCAUAAAAAUAGCCAAAUUUACAGGCAAAACUCUAAAAUCAUCCAGAAAAAGCAGUUUUGCAGGUGAAAACGAUCGAUAUCUCGAUGGACCCUCUGCACGCGGACAAUCUGUCGAUCCGCAAGUUCUGGCACUCGAUAAUGGCGCCGAAAGUGCGGCUGACGAACCCGAACGUCCGUGUGAAGACCGAGAUUCGCAACGAUCGGCGCGCGCCGUUUUUUGUGGCCACACUCGGUAAAAACUUGAAAAUUAUCGAUUUUUCGAAUUCAGCUCAUCAAACCGAUCAUGGCCGCUCACAAUGAUCCGAUCAGUCCCAAACUUUGCAGGCUUCUUGGACUUGGACUGAAGUAUAUUGGGUCCAAGUAAUCCACAUAUCUCGUGAUCAGAGGAUCUGAUCGGUCUGAAACUUGGACCCAGUAUACUUCAAUGUACGUCUAACAAUCUUGCAAAGUUCGGAUCCGAUCGGAUAAUUGCAAGUGGGUCAAAAGUACAGGACACGGGCCGGGCAACGAAAAGCCCUGCUAAAAACCGAUCAUGUUCAUAUUGAACAAGUGUUUUCUUCUAGACGACGGUCAAAAAUUGCACUUCAACACGGAGAACAUGACGGCGAUGGACGUGAUCAUGAACUUCAAUCGAUUGACCGGACAGCCAGAACUCGGCAAGGCGGGAACGAGGCCGCGAGCCAAGAUCUGA